AUGUAUGAAACCCCGGAUACCGAGUUCCUGAAACAACAUUCCAUGGAUGCAUAUUUGCUGCUGCGGUACUUGAAAGUGGUCAUAGUGAUACUGCUCGUUGGCGCCGGCUUGACCUGGCCAGUACUCAUUCCCAUGCAUGUUGCCGGUCGGGGUGGGCGAUCCCAGCUGGACAUGCUGGGCAUCUCCAACAUUGCCGCGGCAGAUUACUCGCUAUACUACGCACAUUGCUUCAUCUCGUGGGCCUUCGUGGGUUUUAUUUUUGCCAUCAUUACUCGUGAGAAUCUAUUUCUGAUCCACCUUCGCCAGGGGAUGUUCCGCUCUCCUACAUAUGCAGAUCACAUUUCGUCUCGUACCGUCCUCUUCCUGUCGGUCCCAAAAACAUAUACGGAUCAUCCCACGCGGAUAAACGAGAUGUUUGACAUGACCACAGUCAGGAGAGUCUGGUUCGGCACGGAUACAACGGCUCUGGAGAGCAAGGUAAAAGAGAGGCUCCGCAUAGUUGAGAAGCUAGAAGCGGCAGAGGCACAGUCUAGGACGCAAGGCCAGCUGCCAAUGCAUCGGCCAAGGCCGAUCGUGGGCCGAAAGGUGGAAAGCAUGGAGUGGGCGUGGUCCGAACUUCGACGUCUGCAGCCGGAAAUCAGGAAGCUGCAGUGUACCCAUCGUCGGGAAAGGGCCAAACGGCUGCCCUCGAUGUUUGUGGAAUUCUCUCGGCUAUCGGAUGCAUUGAAUGCCUAUCAAACUAUCCGGUAUCCCUUACCGCUACAAAUGUGGCCACGGUAUAUUGGACUCCAGCCAAACCAGGUUGUUUGGAAGAAUCUAGGGAUCCGAUGGUGGGCGCGGCCAUUACGGUCUCUUGCUGCCGUGGGAAUAAGCAUUGCGAUGAUCACCUUCUGGGCCGUCCCGACUACCAUUGUGAGCCUGGUCUCGAACCUCGCGUUUCUAGAGCGGGCAAUCCCCUUUUUGACAUUCCUUGAUCGCGUCCCAGGGUGGCUUCGGGGGUCGGUGAUAGGUCUCCUCCCCUCUAUAGCUCUAGCGGCUUUACUCGCCGUGGUCCCGGUCAUUUUUCGUCUGAUGGCUCGGUGGAGCGGGGCACCGACUCUAGCGAGCGUCGAGCUAAGGACCCAGAACUGGUACUUCGCCUUUCAAACCACCCAGGUAUUUCUAGUAUUUAUCCUGGCUACGUCCGCCUCGAGUGUGGUCGCGAGUAUCCUGCGGGAACCCCAGGGCGUGGUGAAACUCCUCGCGCAAAACAUCGUUCGGACGUCCAACUUCUACAUCUCAUACAUUAUACUACAGGGGCUUGCGUUCAGUCCUGGGGCGCUCCUUCAGAUCACCAAACUCGCCAAGAAUAAGAUUUGGGACCGGUUCGUUAGCAAACGCCCCCGGCAGCUCUACCAUCGGCUGUCUCAAAUUGACGGUCUGCAAUGGGGCACUAUCUAUCCCUGUAUUUCUCUUCUUGUGGUUAUCGGGAUCGCGUAUUCUUGUGUGGCACCGCUGGUUCUCGGUUUCGGGGCAAUCGGGAUGUCUCUGUUUUAUUCUGCAUAUCGCUACAAUGCGCUGUGUGUGCUGCACACGACUGUGGAUACCAAGGGGCUUGGAUUUGCCUGCGCCCUGCAGCAUAUUACGACAGGCUGCUACCUUCUGAUCCUUUGCUUAAUUGGCGUCUUCGCUAUGGGUGCCACAGCGAACCCGGUCGCUCUGGGGCCGACCAUCCUCAUGCUGGUGUUCCUCGUAGUGGUAGCCGUCUACCACAUUUCACUCAACACCGCAAUCCGGCCCCUUCUCGCUGGUCUCGCGCCAGCCGGGGCGACCAGGCCAGUAAUACCCUAUUCCUUCAACCCCGCUGGCCGCUGCCAACCAGCCCAGAUGUGCCCCUCCAGCGGCGAAGAACUCAUGUGCGGUGGGUCCAACAUGAACCUGGUCGAAAAGGAUCUACCGCGGCCUCCAAAGUCCGGUCCACAGAUGCUUUCCAACUGGUUCUCUCGUCUAUCCUACUUUAGCCUCUCGGAGAUCUACACCAGAGUCCCCUCUCUCAAUUACGGCCCCCCGCAUCUGUCUGAAAUUGAAGCCGAUACGUAUUAUUACCACCCAUGCGUGACUUCGGAGAUGCCCGAUCUCCUACUUUUAGAUGAAACCUGUGGCCAGGAAACAAUAUCUAUACAACGUAUCAUCUUGACCCCAGGCCUAGAACACGAAAGGACCUUUGGCAGCAGAAUAACUAUCAUGAAAAAUAAUUUGUAG